UUGGUCUUGUACAAACACUUGAGAAAUAUCUCAGGGUGAUAGAAUGAUAAAAUGAUCGCUGGAGCUCAAUCUUAGAAGGGGAACAAUAUAUCUCAUCAUCGCUGCAACUACACCAGAUAAAUCUUUUCUUUUUCUUUGUAAACCCUUUUCUCUCUACUAUCUUCAACUAACCCUAAUCCCCAAAACCCUUAAAUUCAAUUUUGAACAAUCCUAAAUUCAUCUCUCUCGUUUCACUUUACGAUUUGCAGUAGCAAGUAAGUUCUAUUCUCUUUCCAAAUCAUUUCAGUUUGCGAUAUCAAUUUUAUUUUGGUAAUCUUGCUUGUUAAGUGUCAUUUUUUCGUGAUUUGCUGAAUGAGGUUGUGGGUUUGCGAUUUGUUCUGUUUUUGCGAUUCAUUCACACGACACAUUAUCCUGAUUUUUGGAUUAGGGUUCAUUUUUACCCCUUUUGUAUAUAUUUUCCUUAAUUUGUGGUUAAUUAGUUUUAAGGCAUUUGAUGAAGGAAACGGACUCGAAGUUGGGUGGAGCCAAGUUCGGAUUGAUGAGGUAUUACAAUCACUGGGCAAACUAGUGAGGCUGUAUUCAGAAGUGCAUCUAUUGAGGUCGUUGAAGCACAAUAACAUUGUAAGGUUCUACAAUUCCUGGAUUGAUGACAAACACAAGAAUGUUAACAAGAUAGUUAUUCACCUCAGGGAGCCUCAAACACAUAAGUGUUUCAUUGUCGCAACAUGUGAUCGUGACUUGAAGAGGAGAAUUCGGAAGAUUCCUGGUGUGCCAAUAAUGUACAUCACUAAAAAGGUCAAGAGUGUAAUAGAUUGAUGUUCAUGAUGGUGGUGUUAAUGACUUGGGAUUUUCAUAUCCAAACAAUAAGCUAUGCUUUGUAACUUGUGGAGAUGAUAAGUUAAUAAAGGUAUGGGAUUUGAAUGGAAAUAAGGUCAUGUAGCAUCUGUUUAUUCUGUUUUACCGAGUCAGAAAGAA